ACGCCAUCCUUUUCGCCCAAUUCGACCGAUCCCUUUAUCAACUUUGAAGUCAAGACUUCAAGACAUUUCGGCAAGAUGAUCAUUUCCAAGGAAGACCGGCGAACAAUUUACGAGAACCUCUUCAAGGAUGGUGUCAUGGUCGCUCAAAAGGACUACAACGCUCCUAAGCAUGUGGAGCUUGAAGUCCCCAACCUACACGUGAUCAAGGCUUGCCAAUCUCUCAACUCACGUGGUUUCAUCAAGACCCAGUUCUCAUGGAAUUACUACUACUACACACUUACCGAUGAGGGUAUCGAAUACCUCCGAGAAUGGUUAAACCUUCCUUCCGAGAUUGUCCCCGCCACCUUCAAGAAAGUUCAACGAUCAACCCCUGCUGGACGUCCUCAACAAUCUACUGCUGCCUACCGACCCCCACGAGGCGAGGGAGGUGAUCGGGAAGGAUACCGUAAGAAGGACGGUGGUAACGCUGAAGGUGGUUUCCGCCCCAAGUUUGCUGGUAUCGGUCGUGGAAGCCCCAACGCUGGUGACGCAGCUCCAGGUGGAUGGUAAUCCGCUCUAUGAAACUUGUGUGCUACCUCGCUCUAGGGAUGCUACAUCUCAUCUCGCCUUACAUUGUAUCAAAUUCGGCCGAAUGUCCUGUCAUAGCUGGGCUGCAUUUCGAUUUCAUUUAAGCGUUCUCUUGUACCUCUCAGGUGCUACUGAUUGUCUCCUUACCCGAUCUCCGCACGGAUGUUCAAUCGAAGCUCGUCACCCUCG